GACAUCAGUAUAUCAUUAAGGUGUCGCUUCGGAUGAAUGACUGCAAUCUAGAAUCCUGGAAUAUUAUAAAAGCAGUUUCUAAGGUCUAUCGUUGGUAUCAUCGGCACCUCGGCCUACACAAAUCUGACGGACAUUGAUCACUGUUAUUUGUGGCAAACUUUGAUCCGCAAUAUUAAUUCAUUUGUAAAGGACAGUUUAACCAGACUAACAGUGAAACGCUUUACUGUUUUAGUUAGCUGAAACCUUAUUACUUAUACUAGUGUAAACAUUUGGAUACACUGAUUCCUCUACGGAACCUUCACUUGACUAGUGGUAACAUCGAUAUGUUUUUAUUGGAAAUUGUGCUGCUGGCCCUUCUCCUAGUUCUAUUUUCGCAAGGCUUCUUAGAAGUACCAUCAAAUGACAGGUAUCCAAUAACUCGUCAGGACUUCCUUCAUAUUAAAUUACCGACUCGCUAUCAAUGCCUUGAGCUGUGUGUUACAUUCAAAUUGUGCCGCAGUCUUCACUUCAACCACAAAGAUGGUAUAUGUAGAUUGAAUUCGGAUGACAAAGACCGACAGACCAUUUGGAAUACGGGAUACCGAUACUUUUUAAUAUCGAGGAAAGACAUUCCCGAGGAUAUAGGGGGCGCCUGUAGCGGAAACACGUGUGCUAUUGAUGAGAAAUGUGUUCCAGCUGGCUUGGCUUAUUUCUGCGUUAAGCAUGAAUACAGCACCGUAAAAUGCCCGCCAGACUGGGGACAUCGUGGAGAUUUAUGUUUUUAUCUUUUCUUGGAGAGCAAAACAUGGACGGAAGCCAAGGACUACUGCGCCAGCAUGGGGGCCGAGCUUUUGAGGCUGAAUUGGCAAAAUGAAAAGAGUCAUCGGGUCUGGAUCGCGUUUCAAUUAACCAAAAGUCGCAAGCGUCCAAAAGUUGGGAAGGUCUGGACUGAUCUCCAAAACACACCUGACGUGCGAAGGUGGUUGACGAUAUCGGACUCAGCUACAAACGGGUCAGAUUUGUGCUUGGGUUUAAAGUAUGAAGAGAUGCGUAAGAGGGUGUCACUUAAAAGUUGGGAGGCUGUAAGCUGCAACGAAAAAAAUCCCUUUGCUUGUCAGCACUGGUCUCCUGAUCACUGGCAGUGAACGUAGAGCGUCAUGCAUCACCAAUGUGAGGACAGUUUGACAGCUAGACGCCGUCCUGUAGGAACCACGGAACCAGAUGAUUUCCCAUAGACGAUAAUGUUAACGUUUACCACUGUCCUGCUUAAAUGGAGUUUUAAACACUGGCCAACUAGCCAUAAUUUUGAAGAAUGUCAUCU